AUGCCGAAUUAUCUACCCAACUGCCUUCCCUGGGCAAGCAACAACCAAGAGGAUGAAAUCCAACCGCAGGCAACCAAUGGUAUCCAUGCGACCAGAGAGCCAGACUCAGACACAGAGUCAAAGAUGUCAGAUGUUCUUGAUUUUCCGUUCCCGUACCGGUUGGCUUUCCACAAGAAUCGGAAUUGA